AUGGGAGACCAACUUGACCAUCAUCCCACUCCUCUAGGGAACUGGCUAGAAGACCUCUUCAACAAGUUGUUUUACCAGCCAGAUGAUGGAAUAUGCAAAAAGGCGAUGGAAGACGAAAUGAGCUCUCAGUUGAAAGUUUGUAUCAAUGGUCAAUAUGUGCCCAGGGAGGGCUUUGAUCAGGUGAUAAUACAGGCACGGAGCACCUAUAACAUCAGUGUGCAAAGUAGCCGUGAGCUACUAGCAUCACCUAAUGCAACAGAUAAAAGCAUUGGUUCGGUCGCGCACAUUCAGACUUUUACAUUGGAGGAUAAGAAAACAGGCACUCAACGCACGCAGACAAGCUUGACCAUUUCUAUCGUUGCGUUUAGUGAUGAGAGGAAGCAGUUGAUUGAACUGAUGGAGAUUGUACUGGACCAUUGA